AUGUUGAUCGUGGGAAUAGAUAAACAGCUUGGCGGCAGCACGACUAAAUGUAGCAAGACUCAAUGCACCAGACCUGCUAUAGGUAAUGGAAUAAAAUACUGCUCUCACCUCAGAAUGAAAUUUAAGACUGAUGUAUUUCCCUUAGAUUCAACAUACAUCAGAUACAACUAUUAUUCCUUGAGAUUUGGCAAGACGAUAACUUGUACUGCACACAAUUGUCAAGAACUUACUUGUGGUAAUUGCCAAUUCGAUCUCUCAAGAUCUUGUGUAAGCCAUAAGUGUCAUUUUGAUGGGUGCUUGAGGAAAAGGUAUGCAGACCAUCGCGUAUACUGCGACCUCCGUAAAUGCGCCAUUGGCUCACACUGUCUAAACUUGAAGGAAUCAAAUAGAGGGAGAAUAUUUUGUCUGUCUCAUAAUUGUGCUAUAUCAGGGUGUUUAACAUCUAGAAUGAAGGAAGCAAAUCUUUAUGAAGAUCAUGGCCGUUAUUCAUUCUUCCCAACUCCCAUUCCACUCCCCCCAAAAAGAACCAACCAACAAUCAACCACCUCAACUCCAAAAUGCCCUGUCAUUGGCAACCCCGCGGAGAAAGACGCUGCAAAGGAGCCAAAGAACUCGGAACCAUUUUCUGCGAUCAACAUCUAUGCCGCAAAGAAGGAUGCCCCGAGCAAAUGCUCAACUACGAUACAUAGUGGUGUGAAAAACACUCCCCCUGCACCCUCAAAUCCUGCUCCACCCCACGCCACCACUCCUCCCUUACCUGCGUCUCUCACAAAUGUCUUUUCCCAAAGUGUCCCUCCCCGCAAUUCCUCCCCUCCAAAUACUGCAGCGGGCAUAAAUGCCACAUGGACAACUGUUUACGGAUGCGCACGCGCACGAAUCGAUUUUGCGAUUUGCACGAGUGUUUGA